UGGACUUAGUCAAGUUAUUUUUUUUUGUAACAGUUUAUAUUUUAUAAUCAUAAUAUCCUAUUUUGCACUGUUUUUACACAUUUCUGUAUUCAAUCAUAGUUGCAGCAGAAUUCACUUAAUCUAAGAACUACUUAACGGUUUCACUCUUCAAACAUGGAAAUUAAUGGAGGCUCUACGCGCUGCAUUCCGAGAUUGCAUCUUUUGUGGACACAGAGUUCAUAUUAUUAUGAAUUAUUGGAUUUUUAAAUAUCACUGAUAGCUUGAAUUGAGCCCAAACAUUCGAUCGUCACGUAUAAAGGAUUUUACUAAGCGCAGUAUAAAAGCAAAUCAACGCCAUGAGACAGCUAGCGUUAGCAAUCUUACAAUUAAGUGCAUUAGCGGUCGUAGAUAGUUAUAGAGAUGAAACGGCUAGAUUAGUAAAUGGAAAAUCUACCUGUAUAAAGGAAAAUCCGCAUUGUGCCUCUAUAAAAGUGCUUGGAGAAUACAUGUGCGGCGGAAACAUAAUCAGUAAACAACAUAUCCUAACUGCCGCGCAUUGCGUGUAUAGUUUAUAUUAUAACAAGACCCUAUUGAAAUCUACGACUGUCGUUACUGGUACAACAUACCUUGAUAAAGGUGGAGUGACUCAUAAAGUGGAAAAGGUAUAUUUCCAUGAACGUUAUGAUCCUCACGUUUUGGGUGUAAAUGACAUCGGUUUAAUAAAGCUGCUUAACACCAUUAAGUUUGGCCCAACACAACAACGAAUUAUGCUCCCAAAAAGCGAUAUUGCAUUUAAUGAGAACGUUAUGAUCGCUGCUUGGGGUCGAAAGGGCUUUGAAAAACCCCUGCAUAACAAUUUGCAAAAAUUGGACAUGAAAGUCAUGCUUCCAACCACAUGUCAGGAUCGUUAUGACAAAUCCAGUCUUAUUAUGCGUAUUGACAAGAAUAAUUUUUGUACCUACAUUAAGAACGGAAUUGGACUGUGCAACGGUGAUAGCGGUAGUGGAGUAAUCAGAAAGCGUGACAGAAAAAUUGUUGGUUUAGUGUCUGGUGGAAUACCAUGCGCCAAGGGUUAUCCUGAUAUAUAUACCAAUGUUUGUCGCUACGUUGAUUGGAUCCAAGUUGCAUUAUUAAUACGUAGUGUAUACACCAGCUGUAGGAUGGCAUUAAACUUAGGAAGUCUCAUCAUACAUAACGAUCUACCGCUCCAACCGAUAAUGAAACGAGAAAAAGAGAAGCUUAGUUUCUUCACAGACACCAGGAUGGAUGUUUCAAAGUAUUCAGCAUAUGUAGAUUAUGAAUGGGCUAUUGGAUUAAAUCGGACUAGUUUGGCACUGUUGGGCGUUUGGCCAAAAAACAACGAAACUAAACAGAAAAAAUUAAUAUCAAAUAUUUGUACAAUUCUUAUGUUAAACACUGCAAUCUGUGGGUGCUACAUUCCAAGUAUACAUUCUUUGUUCAAAGUUUGGGGUGAUAUAAUGUCUGUGAUUGAUAAUCUACAAUAUACUUUACCUUUGUCGGUAUCAAUAAUAAAAUUAUCCAUUAUGUGGCUGAGAAAGAAAGGUAAUACAUAG